UAUCAACAAAUGUAUUUGCUGUUAAACCCCCACUACUCCAAAACCCUCAGGUCCAUCAAGCCCAAACCCAAAACCCUACAAAAUGAAUCUCUCCUCCGCCCUCUUCCGCCGGGCCGUCCAACCGUUCGCCGCCGCAUCUCGAGGCUCAACGACCCUUCCGUUAGCCUUUCAGGAAUUUCAAUCUCAAUACAGCACCGCCACGACCGAUGCGGUGGUGACUGAAAGGAAAGAUGAGAAGUCUAAAGGCAAGUGGUUCACCUUACCGCCGUUCAAUAAAUCGACCGUCGACGGCGCUGCGCUUGGAAAGGAGCUGUCAGGACGGCGUUCUGAUGACGCCGUUACCGCCACCACGGCGCUUAAGUGGGUCCUACGGUGCUGCCCUCAGCUUCCGAGGUCUCUUGUGCAGAAACUCUUUCGCCUGAGACAGGUUCGAAGAGAAUCAUCUGAUUUGGCAACGAGUUCUGAUUUGGGUGUUCAAACACACAAACAUAAGCUUACAAGGGUAGCUGCGAAAGAUCAAAUGAAUGUAGGAGAUCAGAUAUUUCUUCCUAUAACUGUUCAAGAGUUUCCCUCAGAGACUGGGAAACCAGAGUGCUUUUGUGAUGAAGAAGAAAUGGAGUUUCUCCGCAGUCUUGAGUUGUAUAAGGAUUCAGCCAUUAUUGUUGUGAAUAAACCCCCUGGAAUGCCUGUUCAGGGUGGAGCAGGCAUAAGAAACAGUUUAGAUGAAGUAGCUGCUAGUUAUUUGAGAUAUGAUUACACAGAACCUCCUCGACUGGUGCACAGACUGGAUAGAGAUAGUAGUGGCAUCUUGGUUAUGGGGAGGACACAAACAAGUGCCAGAGUAUUGCAUUCUAUCUUCCGCGAGAAAACUUCUGGAGCAUCAAGUGAUGAUCUGCAAAAUAUAAAGAGAACAUUGCAAAGGAGGUAUUGGGCACUUGUCAUUGGGUACCCAAGACGCUCUAAAGGAAUAAUAUCAGUGCCACUAAAAAAGAUGAUAGUGGAUGAUGGAAAAUCUGAGAGAAUAACUGUAGCUAACGAUGCUCAAGUGAUGUCUUCUCAGCAUGCCAUAACAGAGUAUCGAGUAAUUAAAUCUUCUUGCAAUGGUUAUACAUGGUUAGAGCUGUCUCCUCUCACUGGUAGAAAGCACCAGCUUCGAGUACAUUGUGCUGAGGUAUUAGGUACACCUAUUGUUGGAGACUACAAAUACGGAUGGCAGGCUCAUAGGAAAAUGAAGCAUCUACCUGGCUCUAUUCCUGAGAAGUUGCCGAAGGGAAAAAGACUUCCCUUUGGCCUUGAAUUGGAGAAAGGAAGUAUUCUCGAAAAGCAGCCUCUUCUACACCUUCAUUGUAAAGAGAUGGUUUUGCCCAACGUGUCUAGCGCUUUGCACCAUGUGCAGUUAUCAUCGGGGUUUGACCUUUCAGGUCUGGAGAGCCUAAAGUUAACUGCUCCUUUGCCUUCACACAUGGAAAAGAGUUGGAACAUUCUGAAUUCUUGAGCUACGACUAAAUUCUGCAAUUCUCUCUUCCAGAGGCAACUCACUUGACUACAUCAUUCACACACUGCCAGUGUUGCAUCCCCUUGAGCCUCACCCAUAUUUGUUGAAGUUUGAUGGGAAUUCGAUCUUAACAGGU